AAAAAUGUGACUCCACUGCCAGUGGAUGAUGUGUUCAGGUACUCAGAACGCAUCUUGUGUUAACAGCAGUGCUGAGAACCAAACAGCCAGCUGCAACAGUGUGAACUGCACAGAGCUGAACCCGAUCCCAUCAGUGAGCCCCACCACAAACGCUACCAUCAAUGCUUCCACAACAGCCCCCACCACAGCAGUUGUUCCGACUCAAAACAGCACCGUCACAAAUGUCACGUCUACGUCUCCUACUCGUGCUCCUACUCGUGCUCCUACUCCUGCUCCUACUCCUACUCAUUCUCCAUCUAAAUCAUCCACAUUUGAUGGUGCCAGUUUCAUCGGUGGAAUUGUGUUAGUCCUUGGCCUUCAAGCUGUCAUCUUUUUCCUUUACAAGUUCUGCAGAUCCAAGGAUCGCAACUACCACACCCUGUAACACGCUGUCCACCUGGAGGCACCACAAACCCACACUCCGACCCAAAAAAGAGAGACAGACACAUUGUACUCACAGAUUCUUAAAUACUCUUGUAAUUCCCCAUGUUUAACCUCAUAUUUGACAUUUAAUUCCUGUGACUUUGAGCUUUGUUUUGUUAAUGUUAGAGCUCUCACAAGCAUUCGAGUUCAUUAACACAAAUCCACCCAACACAGAGUAAAUAUGAAUUGUGGGGUAUACGAAACGUGUCCUGUUUCGUGUACAACCACAGCUGUCCGUAAAUGUUUCAAUAUAUGACAACACAGCUAUUUGUCUGCUCAAUAUCAUGGUGGUUCCCCUCAAAGGCAUAGGAGGGGGCAACUUCUCAUCAUGCCUGUCCCAAUACUUCCCAACUUCCAGUGUUAAUUUCAGGUAACUUUACUAGAACAGUAUUUUAUAUAGUUGCCAUGACUGAUGGUUCUCAAUAUUCCACCAAGUCCUUACUCAUCACCAUCGUCAUCAUGUUCAGAAAUAAUAUCUAUAUAGUUCAAGACUGGACAAAUGAAUGAACAAAGUUUUUCCCCUUCAUUUCAAAGUUGUUUUGAAUCUUCACAUAAACCUUUGGGUGGUAUAUGUCCAUGUGUGGUGUGAUAUUAAAAAAUAGUAUUUUUUU